AUGAUUCUUAUUAUUAUUCUCCUCUGUUUCCUCGUUUUCCUCUUUCACCAAUACUUCUGGCGACGCAGAGGCUUACCACCUGGACCCACACCCAUCCCUAUCUUUGGCAAUUUAUUCCAGCUCUCUGGCUCAGAAGCGCCUGGAAUCUCCAUAUUCCAAAAAUGGAAGGAUCAGUAUGGCCCGAUGUUUACCUUUUACAUGGGACCAGUCCCCUUCAUCGUUUUGACGGAUUACCAAGAUAUCAAGGAGACUGUAAUUAAGGAUGGGGAGACCUAUGCGGAUAAGUACCUGUCACCGGAGUUUAAUAUUUAUUUUAGAGGUGGCGAAUAUGGAAUAAUGGAUAUCAGUGGAGAUCGUUGGAGGGAGCACAGAAAGUUCGCUGUACUUCAACUAAGAGAACUGGGUGUCGGAAAGCCAUUAAUGGAGUCAAAGAUUCUAAUUGAGGCGGAAGAGAUGAUAAGGAAACUGAAAACAGCAGAAGUUAUUGGGGAAGAAUUCUUUCUUCAGACCGAGAUCGAUGUAGCAGUUGGAAGUGUCAUUAACCAAUUUCUGUUCGGCUAUCGAUUCGAUGAGUCUAAACUUCACGAGUUCGUAAAAAUCAAGACUCUAGUCAAUAAUUUUAUGGAAGAAGUCGGGAAGCCGCUAGGAGUUCUGGCGUUUACAUGUCAUGGGAUACCACCGUUUAUUGUGAAGAUGAUGGUUAGCGGAAUCGAGGAACAAAAACGCGAGCUCUUCGGUUUUCUACGUGCCCAGAUCCAGGAUGCCAAAGUCAGAAUCAAUUAUGAAGAGGAGCAUAAUGACGAUUUCGUGGAAGCCUAUCUUCGGAAAAAAUAUCAACGUGAACAAAACAACGACUUUGAAAGCUACUGCGACUCUCAACUCGAAAACGUGUGUUUCGAUAUCUGGGCCGCUGGAUUUGACACCCUCGCGAAUACACUGGGCUUCCUAUUUGCCUACGCUAUCAAUUAUCCGGAAAUGCAGAAACUGAUUCAUCAGGAGAUUGACGAGUACUUGGGUCAUCACAGACGGCUUCUGACAAUGUCAGACAAGAACGCGCUGGUUUAUUUCAAUGCGUUUGCAAAUGAAACCCAACGCCUCGCCAAUAUCCUCCCGAUGAACCUUCCACAUGCCCUAACAAAAGACGUCGAGUUAAAAGGUUACCAUUUGAAAAAGGGUACCGGUGUGAUCCACCAGAUUGCGAAUGUCAUGACCGAUGAGACUAUCUUCAAGGACAGCUACCGUUUCAACCCAUCGCGCUUCAUAGACGAGUUCGGGAAGCUCAAGAAGAUCGAGGAGCUCUGCCCUUUCUCCAUGGGCAAGCGACAAUGUCUCGGCGAAGGGCUUGCCAGGAUGGAGAUAUUUCUGCUGGCCGCUAAUCUCUUCAACUAUUUCGAGUUUCUUCCUGCUUCCGACGGGGGAUUACCUUCGCUCUUCAAGGAUUUCAGUCUGGUUUCUCACGUCAUUUCAUUCAAAUGUCGAAUCAGAUCGAGAGAUGAAUAA